AUGUCUGCAACAAAGGACGUUGAAGUUUUGGUUUUGAGAGGAACUUUGGAAGGCCAUAACGGUUGGGUUACUUCCUUGUCUACCUCCCAGGCUAACCCAGAUUUGCUUUUGUCUGGAUCCAGAGAUAAAACUCUUAUCGUCUGGCAACUUACAAGAGACGGUGACCACUACGGUGUCGCCAAGAGAGCUCUUAAGGGCCACUCUCACAUAGUUUCCGACUGUGCUUUGACCCCAGAUGGCAACUAUGCCAUCUCAUCUUCUUGGGAUAAGACUCUUAGAUUGUGGAAGUUGGACACUGGUGACUGUGUUACAAGAUUUGUUGGUCACACCGGUGAUGUUUUGUCUGUUUCCAUCUCUCCAAGUGUUAGACAGUUUGUUUCUGCUUCCAGAGAUAAGACUGUGAGAGUCUGGAACGUUGUUGGUAGAUGUAUUGAGGUUUUGGAGGGUCACAACGACUGGGUCUCCUGUGUCAGAUGCUCUCCAAAGAAGAACUCUGUUGUUCUUUCUGCUGGUUGGGACAAGGCUGUUAAGUCUUGGGACUUGACUAAGGGAACUUUGACCGCCGACUUCAUCGGCCAUAACGGUUACGUUACCUGCAUCACACCUUCCCCAGAUGGAUCCCUUUGCGCUUCCGGUGGUAAGGACGGUGUUAUCAUUCUUUGGGACUUGGCUUCAAAGAAGCUGUUGUACACUUUGAACUCUGGCCAUGAGAUUAACGCUUUGGCCUUCUCUCCAAACAGAUUCUGGCUUUGCGCUGCUACCUCUUCUUCUAUCGAGGUCUUCAACCUUCAAGAGAGAACUUUGAAGGAUGAGUUGAAGCCUGAGGUUGCUGAGGGUAAGCCUCCUGUUUGUAUCUCCUUGGCUUGGUCUAAGGACGGCCAGAACUUGUUCUCUGGUUACACUGAUAACUUGAUCAGAGUCUGGCAGGUCAUGACCUCUUCAUGA